AUGCAUGUCCUUCUACUCGGCGGUCACGGCAAAGUUGCCCUCCACCUUACUCCGCUGCUCCUCAACCGGGGCUGGAGCGUAACGAGCGUCAUCCGCAACCCCACGCACGAAAGCGAGAUUCUAGCUCUGGGCAAAGGCCUUAAGGGCACUCUCAAUGUACUACUCUCGAGUUUAGAGGACGUGAAGAGUGCCUCGGACGCUCAAAAAAUCAUCGACACGGUUACGCCGGACUAUGUCGUCUGGUCGGCUGGCGCGGGCGGCAAAGGCGGAGCAGCACGCACAGUCGCAAUCGACCAAGAAGCAGCGAAACACUUCAUUACAGCAUCCUUCGCAUCACCAGGCAUAAGCAAAUUCCUCAUGGUAUCGUACCUCGGCAGUCGACGCAAGCAGCCAAGCUGGAUGCCCGACGACCAAUGGGCGGGGAUAGUAAAGACGAACACGGAAGUGCUGCCGACGUACGCCCAAGCCAAGCAAGAAGCCGACGAGUACAUGACAGCACUUGCUGCGCAGCGGAAGCGGGAGUCUGGACCGACGCGGCCUUUCCAGGCUAUUAACCUGCGGCCUGGGCUUCUGACUGACCAGCCUGCGACGAGGAAGGUCGAGCUGGGGAUCACGCCUAAGGGUCGGGGGAGUGUUACUCGGGAGGAUGUGGCAAUUGUGGCGGAUAUGUUGCUUGGUAGGGCUGAUACGGAGGGGUGGAUUGAUCUUGUUAAUGGGGAGGAGGGGGUUGAGGAGGCUGUUGAGAGGGUUGCGAGGGAGAAGGUUGAUGCCGUUGUUGGGGAGGAUGUUGAGGGUAUGGUUAAGAGGUUCUUUCCUUAG